AUGACUAAAGAAGACACCUCACAGUCCUCUUACAACACAAGGAAAUCUGGUGUGCUGAACACCGGAAUCUGGAAUGUGAGAACACUGAAGGAAGCAGGGCAAUGGGAUUUACCCCUUGAAGAAGCUCGGAGAUUUGAUCUGGAUAUUCUAGGUUUGUGUGAGACACACCUGACUGGCACAGAGACGCUUAUAAACAAAGAGGAGUACUCAAUCCUUUUAUCACACAGGACAGAUAACGUGAGUCGGGAGGGAGUCGGCAUCAUGAUUUCCCAGCAAAUCCUGCAUCGCUUGGUGAGCUACGAAGCAGUCUCACCGAGGAUCAUCACAGCGAAAUUCAACAUGAAAGAAGGGAUCAUGAAUAUCAUCCAGGUUUACGCCCCUACAUCUGUACAUAGUGAACAAGAAAUUGACUUUUUCUAUGAUGCACUCCAGUUGCAUAUCCAGAAGGUCCCUAGGAAGGAGAACAUAAUUGUGAUAGGUGACCUUAACGCGAAAGUAGGAGCAGACCAUGGGGUAUGGGCACCAACUUUGGGCAAGUAUGGAUUAGGUCAGAUCAACAGAAUAGGGCAUAAGCUUCUGGAGUUCUGCAUGUUACACGGAAUGGCAGUGUGUAACACCUACUUCCAACACAAAGAAUAUAGAAGGGCAACAUGGACAUCCCCAGGUGGACAAUACAGAAAACAGAUAGACUUCAUUAUUACCAAAUUAGAAAAUAUAAAGUCGUUCCAGAACUGCAGAUCGUACUGCUCAGCUGACAUCGGGUCAGACCACAAUCUAGUACUGGCUAAUGUGAAGUUCUCACCUACAAAGACCAAGCGAAUGAAGAGCCUCCUGAAAAACUAUGAUGUGGGCAGAUUUAAUGACUAUAACAUUGUAGAAGCAACUGUCCCCUAG